AUGACGUUUGGCCUCGCGUGCUGCGCCGUCGAGAUGAUGCACGCCGGCGCCGCGCGCUACGAUCUCGACCGCUUCGGGAUUAUUUUCCGCCCCAGCCCGCGCCAGUCGGAUGUCAUGAUCGUCGCGGGGACGCUGACCAAUAAGAUGGCGCCUGCUCUCCGCAAGGUGUACGAUCAGAUGCCGGAGCCUCGCUGGGUGGUAUCCAUGGGCAGCUGUGCCAACGGCGGCGGGUACUACCACUACUCCUACUCCGUGGUGCGCGGCUGCGACCGCAUCGUGCCCGUCGACAUCUACGUGCCCGGCUGCCCGCCCACCGCCGAGGCGCUGCUGUACGGGCUGCUGCAGCUGCAGAAGAAGAUCCACCGCCGCCGCGACGUCUCUCUGUGGUGGCGCAAGUAG